AUGACCGUAAUACGAGACUUCUCCCACUUGCAUUGUGAUCUUUCUCCUAUUACAGACAGCAGCCCGUAUGAAGUCCGGCGUGCUCAGGAACUGAACAAUCUGCUGGGGCUGAAAGGAUCCACCGAUGCAACAGACAUGAUCUGUGACCUUCAUAACACCACGUCCAACAUGGGCCUCACACUCAUCCGUUACACAUCCAGUGACUGGGUGACCCUGCACAUCUGCAAAUACUUACAGACUAAGAUAACCAAAGUGCCUGUGAGAGUGCUGGUACUGGAUGUCCCGAUUAGUGACGCACAUAACUUGGAGUCGGUAUCCAAGCAUGGCUUUACGUUAGAGAUCGGGCCGCAGCCGCAUGGUGUCGUCAGAGCCGAUAUCUAUAUUAUUAUGAAAGAGGCCGUCGACUUGACAAUAGACUGGAUCCACAAAUUCAACUCAGGAACGGUGUUUGAAGGCGGGGAUGUAGAAGCCUUUAAGUUUAUCAAAAGUGUUGAUUAUCCAAGAGAUCCAGAGACUCGGACACUCACUGCUGCCAUUCAUCCUCAGCUGCAGGACAGAGACUUCUGUCUCCUCAAGCAGGGAGACCCUUUGUUUUUUAAAUUUUCUGGAGAAACCGUGAAGUAUGAAGAAGAAGAGACACUUCAUCCUUUCUUUAUCAAUGAGGCUGCCUAUUAUGAAAAAGGAAUUGCUUUUCACUUGGGAAAAAAGUUGACACUGAAAAUUCCAACAGUGCAAGUGCAGAAAGACUGAAGGAUGGGAGAGGAAAGGAUAUUAAACUCAGCAUGAUUGCCAAAAAAUCUAACAUCAAUCAGAUGAUUUUACAAGACAGAAUGCCACUUAAAUGAUUUUAAAACAUUUUCAAUCACUUAUAACUCAG